UUUACGCUUACAAAACCAGAGGCUAUCUUACUUCAACACAUUCAAAAGUGCGUGCGAAAGGAGCGCGAAUUUAAAAUAUAUCUGGCGCUUCUGGUACUGUUUUUGCGAACGUUUAUGAGAAGUGGGAAUUAAGUACCGGUUUAAUUUGAUUUUUUGUGCAAAAAGAAGUUCAUAAAUAGAUUUAAAAUGCAAACAUAAAAUUAGAUUUCGAGUUUUUUCUGGAAUAUUUUAAAGCAUUGCUGUUCAAGUCGAUUCUAUUACGCUAAAUAACAAACAUCUUAUUGCAUAAAAACAAUAAAAUAAAUCCAAGAAGAUUCAAAAGUUUAAGUUUGUGUAAAUUCUACGAGUAAUUAUGACCGACGAUAUAUAUUAUUCCGCAAAAUACUACGAUGAAAAAUUCGAGUACAGACAUGUAUUUUUGCCCAAAGCACUUGUAAAGUUGGUACCAAAAACACAUCUGAUGUCAGAGGCAGAAUGGCGCUCAAUUGGUGUCCAACAAUCACGAGGUUGGGUUCAUUAUAUGGUACACAAGCCAGAGCCGCAUGUGUUGCUGUUUCGACGUCCAAAACAACAAUAAUUUCCCUUCAUCCCUUCGAACGAAAUGCAGAAUCCGUUAUUUGCGUCAAUAAACCUGUAAGCUAACAUCAUCUCUGCAGAGGCGAUCGGAAAUGAUUAACCAGAGCUAAACCUGGUUUAGUGUAAACAUCGCGUUAAUGCGUUAAUGGAAAUACAUUGCCAAGUGGGUUGACGUCAGUACUGGGUUCUGCAGCCAUAUUUACACACUUAUACCAUUAUUGUCUUUGCAAGCCAUAGCAUUUUUGGUUUUUUUUUUUUGUUUUUUGAUAUAUUGAUAUAUUUUGCAAGGAGUGUACAUUGAACUAAUUUUGAAUAUAUUUAAAAGCUUUUGUAAAGCGCUUUCCCAAUGUAUUAAGAAAAUUGAUUUAUUCAAAAAAGAAAGGUUUUGUGAAUGAAUACUUCAGUUCUUCUAUUUAUAUAAGUUUGCUUAAAUUUGUGAUUUAAAAAACGAAAUAAAGUUAUCGUUGAGUUGUAAAAAGAA